AUGCCUGACGUUUCCCACCACGAGACGGUCCUCCUGGGCCUCAGGAACGGCAUCUAUAGCACACUUGGCGUGAGCCUUGGCUCGCACAGAGUUACUCCAGGGGAAAAAAUUGACAAGAAAGACACCCACCCUACCCCGACUCUCGUGGCACCUCUUGACCUCCCCCCAGGCGCCUACACAAUCAUCUGCAUCGACCUGGACGCGCCGUUCAUCUCGUGGAAUGUUCUCAGCCCCGUUGCUCACUGGAUUCAAACUGGCUUCAAAAUUACGCAUCCGGAUCAGGAGCUCAAAAGCGACGAGCCUGCAAUUGCGCCAUGGACUGCUGCCAGUCCGCCCCCUGCUGCCGUACCGCAUCGUUAUGUAUUCUUCCUCUAUAACCAAAAUCCCAAUUCAAAUAUUCCCCUUGGUUUGAAGGAAAAACCAAUGGGCAUAAUGCAGCGAAUGAGAUUUGAUGUGGAUGCAAUGGUGAAACAGUUAGGGUUGGGAGACAUUGUGGCAGCAAAUUAUUUUGUUUCGAACUAG